UUUUAAAUAUCUCUCCGUAACAACAUGGCGCUGUUAUUGAGAACAUUAGUACGGCAAGGUCGUACUUUAACCAAACUACAAUCUCUGAGACAGCAUUGUCUAGUUCAACCUACAUGUUUGAUAUCAACAUCAAAAAAGAAUGAAGAUACUUCUACAGCAGUCCAACCCGUGCAAAAAAAAUCCGAAGAACUUAAAAAGCUUGAGGAACAUUUUGCGAAUACUGAUCUUGAAGCAGACAAGAACUGGGUGUCAUAUGGGUAUGAAACUGCAGAUCCACAAUUGGAUUACUUUGCCCAUCAUGUGACAAUGUUUCUUGCUAUCACAGUAUGCAUUUGUUGGGGUUCAUUUAUUCUUGCCUACAUGCCAGACUAUAAGUUGCGAAGCUGGUGUCAGCGUGAAGCAUAUUUGGAACUCGAGAGACGAGAGCGAGAAGGUCUGCCUUUAGUCAGCCCUGACUAUGUUGAUCCCAGCAAAAUUAAUCUGCCUUCAGAUGAAGAAUUCGCCGGUGAAGAAAUCAUCGUCUAGCAUGUCUGUCAGACUGUGGUUGCUAGGUUCUCUGCUGCUGUAGGAGACUAUGUAAAUGUGUCAUCAUUAUCCUAGAUGGUUUAGUACGUUACUUUGCAGCAGGAAGAGUUUCAUCCCAGAAAAUCUAAGACAAAAUUAUGCAUAACACUGAUGAGAUAAGCUCCAUUUAUCUCUUGUUUCCUAAGUUCUUCCUGCUCACCAUGAAAUAUAUAACACACGUCUAGUGCAUGACAGUUCUUUGCACAGGUGUUUAUAGGAGUGAAGAAGUGGAAUGUUUAUGCAUUGAUAAACUAUUGGUAACAAAUUUUGAAGCUGCACAGUGAUAACCCCUAAAAAGAACUUCAUUAAAAUUGGUUUCAUUUGCACC